AUUUUUUCAAGAAUGUCGACCCUCAAAAUCACCAAGAAACACAAUAAACAUCUCAACAAUCCCUUCCCUUCAAAACCCAAAACUUUACCCUUCAAACAGGGAACACUAAUUUUGAAUUCCCAAACUACCCUUUCACCACACCAAAUCUUUCCCAUUGGAAAGGAUUUUCAGCUAGUUUGGAGAUCAGCAAAUGGUGGGUAUGCCUCCAUCUCUCAUAAAUCACAGCCUACAAGAUCCAUAUGGUCUACAAUCCCAGGUCAAGCAUUCAUCUCUACUGCAAUGGCUGAAACAGAGGUGGAGGAAAGCAGGGGAUCAUUCAUCAUCAAAGAUAGAAAUGUUCAAUUAGUAUGUGAUCAUCAAACUAUUGAACACAUACAAGUGUUAAAAAUUCAAUCUGAUAUUAAUCUGCAAGAAAAAGAUCAAGAUUUUGCAUCUGGGUAUGUGGAAUUUGAUCCAGAAAUGCAGUUAAGGCGAUUCGAGUUCCCAAUUCUGCUAAUAACAGGUAGGGUUUUUGGUAUGAGGAAGAACAAGAAGGUUGCGAAUGGCGAAAAAUGGGAAUCUGUAGAGAAGGAUGUUUAUAGUUAUGCAAGAUAUAGGCUUUUGUUUGAUCAAAAGAACAGUAAUCAGAUCGGGUUUCAAGUAAAACUUGGAAAACUGAAUCUUGGAUCUUCACCAAAGGUUUCACCGAGAAAUUACAGGGGAUUUGUUCGAAAAUCAAGCCGACCACGAAGGAUUCGAGUUAGGUUAUGGGGAUCUUUCUUGAGGAGAAGACAAUUAGUGACAGAUUCUUGUAAUGAAGAGGAAAAUGUAGCAAUGAAGGAUGGUGGAUAUGGAUGUUUUAAUAGGAUUUGUUUUACAUAUUCGAGUGAAAAGAAUGAGAGAUUCUUCGGAUUUGGAGAACAGUUUUCACGUAUGGACUUUAAAGGAAGGAAGGUGCCCAUUUUUGUUCAAGAACAGGGAAUUGGGAGAGGAGAUCAACCAAUCACAUUUGCUGCUAAUCUGGUUAGCUACAGGGCAGGGGGUGAUUGGAGUACAACAUAUGCUCCUUCACCAUUUUAUAUGACAUCAAAGAUGAAGUCACUUUACCUUGAAGGUUACGACUAUUCAGUCUUUGAUCUCACACAGGAUGACAGAGUUCAGAUACAGAUACGUGGAGAUUGUGUUGAAGGUAGGAUAUUGUAUGGGAGCUCACCUUCUGAGCUGAUUGAACAAUUCACUGAAUCCAUAGGCAGACCACCUGAGCUUCCUGACUGGAUUAUAUCUGGUGCUAUUGUGGGAAUGCAAGGUGGAACAAAUGCAGUUCGCCGUGUUUGGGAAGAACUGGUGGCCCAUGAUAUUCCAAUAUCAGCAUUCUGGUUGCAAGACUGGGUAGGGGAGAGGAAGACGGUAAUUGGAUCACAACUAUGGUGGAAUUGGGAAGUGGAUGAAACACGGUAUCAGGGAUGGAAACAACUAAUUAAGGAACUUAGUUCUCGGCAUAUCAAAGUGAUGACAUAUUGCAAUCCUUGUCUAGCUCCGAUGGAUAGCAAGCCAGAUGCAAAGAGAAACCUCUUUGAAGAGGCGAAGAAGUUGGACAUAUUAGUGAGAGAUAAGAAUGGAGAAGCAUACAUGGUUCCUAAUACUGCUUUUGAUGUGGGGAUGUUGGAUUUGACGCACCCCCAUGCUGCAACAUGGUUCAAACAGAUUCUACAAGAGAUGGUAGAUGAUGGUGUCCGGGGAUGGAUGGCUGAUUUUGGUGAAGGCCUUCCUGUUGAUGCCUGCAUCUACUCAGGUGAAGAUCCCAUUUCUGCCCAUAAUAGAUAUCCAGAGUUAUGGGCCCAGAUCAACCGGGAAUUUAUGGAAGAGUGGAAAAGUACACUAGUGGGAAAGGAGAAAGAAGACCCUUCAGAAUCAUUAGUUUUCUUUAUGAGAGCUGGUUUCAGAAAUAGUCCCAAAUGGGCAAUGCUCUUCUGGGAGGGGGAUCAAAUGGUAAGUUGGCAGGCUAAUGAUGGGAUAAAAAGUGCUGUUGUUGGUUUGCUUAGUAGCGGACUUUGUGGCUAUGCGUUUAAUCACAGUGAUAUUGGAGGUUAUUGUGCGGUAAACUUACCCUUCAUCAAGUAUCGAAGGGAUGAAGAGUUACUAUUGAGAUGGAUGGAGUUAAAUGCCUUCACCACAAUAUUCCGAACACACGAAGGAAACAAGCCAUCUGUUAAUAGCCAGUUCUAUUCAAAUCAAAGGACUUUAUCACAUUUUGCACGCUUUGCAAAAGUGUACAAAGCAUGGAAAUUUUACCGGGUCCAACUCGUGAAGGAAGCUUCACAAAAAGGUCUUCCAGUUUGCCGUCACCUAUUUCUCCAUUACCCUAAUGAUGAUCAUGUACAUAACUUGACGUAUGAGCAGUUUCUAGUUGGUGAAGAGAUCCUGGUGGUGCCGACUCUUGAUAAACACAGAAAGAAUGUGAAGGCCUACUUUCCGGUUGGAGAAAAUUGUGGUUGGAAACAUAUAUGGACAGGAAAUAUAUACAAUAUACAAGGUUCAGAAGCUUCAAUAGAAGCUCCAAUUGGCUAUCCAGCAAUUUUUGUGAAAAAUGGAUCGGUUGUUGGAGAGACUUUUCUAGGAAAUCUGAGAGAAUACAAGAUUCUGUAAAUACUUGUACAGUAAUUUGGGUUGUUGAGUUUAAAACCAACAUCCAUUGUAAUUGGCCACAAGGGAAAUUAGCAAUUGAUGUACAAAUCUAAAGCUUUCCUGAGGAGUAAAUACACAAAGACGCUUAUUAAACAGAGGAAUCCUUCAUAUAUUAACAUUUUCU